AUGAAUAGUCUGCUGUUUGUGACGUUAUUUGAAGUUAUCAGCCUGUGUCUGUCCUUCAAACCUGUCAUUUAUAUGCACGGGAUUCUUGCUUCAUCUGAUGAAGUAAAACCAAUAAUUGAUCUCAUAGAAAAGGUUCACCCAGGGACCAAUGUGACAACUAUUGAUGCCUUCAAUGGUUACGAGAGCUUACAGCCGUUAUGGACCCAGGUGUACAAAAUACAGAGUAUUGUUGUGGACAUCAUGAAGGAUCAUCCAGAAGGGGUUCAUUUGUUAUGCUUCUCACAAGGCGGAUUGAUAUGUCGUGGUUUACUCUCUGUAACAAGACACAAUGUUGACACAUUCAUAUCCCUGAGUUCACCACAGGCAGGUCAAUAUGGAGACACUGCUUAUUUGAAGUAUCUGUUUCCACAUUUCAUAAAAGAAGAAAUUUACAGGUAUUUUUAUACCAGUUAUGGACAACAUUGGUCUGUGGGUAACUAUUGGCAUGAUCCACACCAUGAAGAACUUUACAGAAAUGAAUCUGUGUUCCUGGCACUGCUGGACAAUGAUACAAACUCAGAACACAAUAUAGAGUACAAGGAAAAUUUUCUGCAACUGAAGAACUUAGUGCUAAUUGGUGGACCUCAUGAUCAAGUGAUUACUCCAUGGCAGUCCAGUCAAUUUGGAUUCUUCAAUGGAUCAGAAGAUAUCGUUGAGAUGCGACAACAGCGGUUUUACUUGCAGGACUCGUUUGGAUUGAGGACAUUAGACAAGAGAAAAGCGAUUCACAUUUACACAAUACCAGACAUAGAACAUGUGAUGUGGUACAGAGAUCCAAAAGUAUUCCACUGUUGUGUCAAACCCUGGCUUACAUAGAUCAAACAAUAAAGAAUUCUGUUAUUGCCUUGUUCACAUAUAUCAAUCAAAACAUGCAUAUUGAGAUCACACUAAUGAGUUGAACUUAUUUGCCCCUUAGUCUCAAAUAAGUUUUUGUCUGAUGUGGGGAAUGGCAUUGAACUGAGAGUGCUGAUUUGUACUGUUUGUACUCUCAAGCCAGUGGGAAAUUAUGAAAAAAAAACCAUUGACUCAUUCUAGAUCAUUUGAAUCCAGUACAUAGUAUUAUCUACCUAGGUCAGGAAUGAAAUGUUACCACUAUCUACCAAGGUCAGGAAUGAAAUGUUACAACUAUCUACCAAGGUCAAGAAUGAAAUGUUACCACUAUCUACCAAGGUCAGUAAUGAAAUGUUACCACUAUCUACCAAGGUCAGUAAUGAAAUGUUACCACUAUCUACCUAGGUCAGGAAUGAAAUGUUACCACUAUCUACCAAGGUCAGGAAUGACAUGUUACCACUAUCUACCAAAGUCAGGAAUGAAAUGUUACCACUAUCUACCUAGGUCAGGAAUGAAAUGUUACCACUAUCUACCUAGGUCAGGAAUGAAAUGUUACCACUAUCUACCAAGGUCAGGAAUGAAAUGUUACCACUAUCUACCAAGGUCAGGAAUGAAAUGUUACCACUAUCUACCUAGGUCAGGAAUGAAAUGUUACCACUAUCUACCAAGGUCAGGAAUGAAAUGUUACCACUAUCUACCAAGGUCAGGAAUGAAAUGUUACCACUAUCUACCAAGGUCAGGAGUAAAAUGUUACCACUAUCUACCAAGGUCAGGAGUGAAAUUAUACAUUCUGAUCAUGGGCAUUUCCUCCUUAUUUUAAACAAAAUGAUUUUGUCAAAUUCAACGAAGCAAAUCUGAGUGAGAAUUUCCCUAUUCUCCAUUACCUACUUAACAAUUAAUCAAAUCUAUACCCCCAUCCCCUCCAUGAUCCAGGGUUUGUGCAUUAAUACUGACAAUAACAUUCUUUUCUACCAUAUAUAUCAGGCAUGAUGCUGAUUUGGCGAUUCCAUUGAAGUAGAUAUCAAUAUAAUCAUGUUGAACAUCAAAUUGAAUUACAUAUACCGCCACAUUACAGAGUUCAGUGUUUUGUCUGUCAUUGUGCACAUAAACUUUUCACAUGUUAAACUGCUUUUCGAGGGCCAUUAGUGGGAUUCAGCUCACGCUAGCUUCAAACUAUCCUGAGCUUAAUGAAAUAGAAUGGUAUCCAGCCUUUUAGAUAAAUAUGUCUUCAUCAAAGUUGCAAGUAUUUAAAAACAAAACAGGAAAAAGAGAAAAAAAAUCAUUUCAGGCUUUUAAAUAAGAUGUUACAGAACAUCAGCUAAAUUGUAAGUAUGUCGUAAAUCUUAAAUGCUUGUACAUACAGUGGAACAUUCCAUGUCUUCUGUACUUCAAAAGUUAGAUAUUACAGGGAUAUUUCACACAUUAAACAUUUAUCUUAUAUACUCAUUCAACGAUGUGUAUAAAUAACAUCCUUAAUCUGCUCAUCUCAAAGUAAAUACCCAAUAGAGGCUGUAUUGACUCUGUACAUAAAAAUCUGCCAUCAAUGAAACACCAGAUACUUGCCCUUCUGUAACACCUGGUCUUAUUCACCUUGUACUUUUUCCAUGGUUGAUAAAAAGCUUGAUUUUGUUUAUGUUUUGCCCUUGUGACAUUGACGAUGAGUGUGAAAUAUACCUCGAUGUGAUUUUGUUAACAUGUCUUGUUAUUGCAGACAUUUUUUUUAUUCUUGAUUUGUUGAUUAUAAUUUGCUGGAGAGUGAAGUGUAACUCACAGCUGAUUAAAUUUAUUUGUGAAAUAGGAAAUAUUUCUUUUUACAUAAUUUACAUGUACAAACAGAGUGUGAUUUAAGCACCUGUUGAAUUAGUGUUACAUGUGUAUAUCUUGGGGUGAUUGAUCAUGAAGGAAUAUGCUGUAAGUGCAGGGGAAAUUAUGCAUGAUGGGAUGUGAUAUUUACAGGUGGUAUUGUGUGGGUCAUAUGACCAAUCCAUCACAGAUGUGGUGUGAUGUCUCGGAAUUUUAUGUAUGGGAUAAACAGAAUCUAUAAUGUCUGUAAUUUACAUGAGUGAUGUGCUUUAUGUUUCAUUUAAGAAAUGUGAUUGAUGCAGUCAAUGUUUGUUUUGUUUACUAAAUGAUCUGGUAUUUUUUAUUUUAGCUCACCUUCCCCAAAUAAUCCAAAGGGUUCUUACUGUCUGUCCAUACUUUAUAUUUUUGAUUCUUUCUAUUCUUUUGAUUCAAAGACAAAAAUACAAAAUGGCUGAGAGAUAGUCAGAACCUUUUUGACUAACUAAUUAAAGGAAAAGUGAGCUGGUUUCGUGGUCCUGGCAGCUGGUAUCCAGGAUCAAUUUAGCUUUAACAACUUGUUAUCAGUUACGAACAUGAAUCCAAAAAUCAUGAUUUUGAUAAACAAGAAAUAUCAUGCUGAUAUGUAGUAACCAUUCUUGAAUGACAAAUGAGUGAUACGGGUCCAUUUGGCAUCUUGUUUAUAUACAAAUAUAUGUUUUUCACAUUGCAGGCGUAAGUAAUAAGAAAAUUGUUUAAUUGUGUUUUGGUGUUCCCUAUGUGUUCCAUAGCGUCUCAAAUAUAACAUGUUAUAUUUUACAAGCUAAUCAAUCAUAUUAAUUCCUCAUGUAUAAUUCUCUGUACUUAAUACUCAUUAUGUCUUUAUCAAGUCUUUUGUAAUGAACAUGCUUAUUGACAAUGUAAUUUGUCUACCGAUUCUCGUUUCUUUGUACGUUAUUGUUAGAGAAAAGGUAAAACUGAAUGGGUUUGACGGACUGUUUAACUACAUCAUGCAUCUUAAAAACCUGUCUAAUUUCUCUUUAACUCUGUGCUGACAAGGAACGUUAUCAUUUUCAAACAAAGAUCACAAAUUUUAUUAUUUUGUGGCGAUAUGAAUUUAUUGCAAGUUUGCAAGCAGAUGUAUUAAAAGUCUUUGUGAUUUUGAUAAUUGUUGCAUGGAUGUGGCCAAUUGCCAGAACUAGCAUUGUUUGACUGAUUAUACGUCUGCAAGCUCUGCUACAAUUGUAUGCUAGUGUGCAAGCUCUGCUACAGCAGUAUGCGAGUCCACAAGCUCUGCUACAGCUGUAAGCUAGUCCGCAAGCUCUGCUACAAUUGUAUGCUAGUCUACAAACUCAGCUACAGCUGUAUGCUAGUGUGCAAGCUCUGCUACAGCUGUAUGCCAGUUCACAAGCUUUGCUACAGCUUUAUGCUAGUCUGCAAGCUCUGCUACAGCUGUGUGCUAGUUCACAAGCUCUGUUAUAGCUGUAUGAGUCUGAAAGCUCUGAAACAGUUAUAUGGUGGUCCAUAACCUCUGAGGUGGUGUGAGCUGUGAAAUAUACAGUAAUAAGUGAUGAGAAUAAUACUUGAUAUUAUGCAUGCCUUUCUGUUUUGUUUGUGCUUCCAAGAUGAUGCGCCAAAAGGUGUACUUUGCUUUCUGUAAAUUUAGCAGCCAAAACAUGAUAUCAAAUUGCUGAAACUAAAAUAUUUAUGUGUGCAACUGAGUGUUUGAUACAGUAUUAUUUACAUACCAGUAUGUUCCUAGUUCUCAAGAAAAAUUUUGCUGUUAUUCAUGUUUUUAAAUGGUACUUUAUGAAGUAGCACUCUGUUAGUUGAACUAGUCAAAAUUAAGUGUAUCUUUUUUGAAAUUCUGUAUUCAUAUUUUCAGUCUCUUGUGUCGUGUACUUAGAAUGUAAACAUAUUAAAUUAUAUGCAAGAAAAUGUAAUCUGAAUGUUGUACAACUGAUAUUAACAUUUAUUGUAUGUAUGAGUUUUGUAAGGAUACUUGUGUUGUUUAAUACAUUGUACUUGAUAAUAAAGCUGUAUUUUAUGACACUUUAUAUCUUGUGCAUAAUACCGGUAAUUUUUAAGUGUAAACAAAAUUAUUAGAAUGUAGCACCAGUGAAACAAAGUAGAUUUACAUAAAGGACUGAGUUCACAUUUAAAUAGAGCUCAAUAUUUUUAUGAUAUAAUAACAUGUAACAUUUUUUGUGUGAUCUGUAUUGAAUACAUGUAUAUCUACUCCAUUGAAUACAUAACGAUCAAGGUAUUUACAUUCUGUAUAUUACUCUGUGUAUAUUGAAGUCCAUUUCAUCUUUCUCAAUACAACAAAUUGUGAAAAUUGUAUUAUUAUUUCUAAGAAAGUACUGGAUUUAUCUUUCUCAAAUUUGAUCUGUAGAAACUUUUUAUUGAAUUUCUUUGAUGGAACAAUAAUACAAAAAUGAUUGACAGGAAAUAGAUGUUAAAGGGCUAUCAUGAUUCCUUCUCAACUUUGAAAAGUCUCCCUUCAUCCCCAGUAUCCUUUAUUUGAAUUUCAUGUUAAUAUCAUGAAGGCAGCCAACUUAGAUCUGGAGAUUUUAAGUUUUACGAUCAUAUUUUCUCUAAACUUUUUCUACAUUUGUAUUUGUGCCUGUUCACUUCAUUCUUGCUGCUUCUGUAAAAGUACUAGUCAGUGUAAGAAAUGGAUAUUAUACAAUUAUUGUUCACUUCCUGUUAGUCCCGAGUAAUGUAUGUACAAUGUACAGAUUGAAGAACAAGAUAGGCAGCCAUUUUGGAUUUCAUCUCAAAAAAUAAGCCUAUAAGGAUGUGUUUUAAUUACUCCCUAUUAAGUGUCAGUAUAACAGAACUCUGAAGAGAUUAGAGGAAAUGUCAGAAUUACCUGAUCCAAUGUUUAUUUCACAAUGGUGGGCUUCUUUUGGAAUCUCUGGCUUCUUUUCAGUUAAAACUUUUGUUUUGUUUUGGGUUUUUUGUUUGGUUUUUCAUGUAUAUGUACAUUGUAAGAUUAAUUUUUCAAGCCAAGAGAUCAUACAUUCCUGACACCAGUAUUAAGUUAACCAAUUGAUUAACUUUAUAUCCUUACACAGUUCACUGACGACCAAGCUUUUUAUAUCUCUAUGUAAAUCAAAUAAAAAUACUGAUUUGUCAA